AUGGAGAGUGAAUUUGGCGCCAACGGUCCUUCAACUCCUCCGUCCAAUUCCACGGAGUCCUUCAUUGGCUGCUUCAUAAGCUUGAUUUCCAAGUGCGAGAUUCGCUACGAGGGCGUUCUUUAUUUCCUUAGCGUUCAGGAUUCCACCAUCGGCUUGAAAAACGUUAGAUCUUAUGGAACGGAGGGAAGAAGAAAAGAUGGGACACAAGUUCCUCCUAGUGAUAAGGUUUAUGAAUACAUUCUUUUCCGAGGAAAUGAUAUUAAGAUCAAGUCACCCUCCACAUCUUCUAAAUCAGAAGAGCAGGGUUUUAGUGAUCCAGCUAUUAUUCAGUCGCAAUGUUCUGAGUCACCAAGUUCUCCUGUGGCCUCAGUUAAUUUGACAGAACCAAUUCAAAGGAAAGAUACCCCAGCUAUAUCCAGUAAACCCGGUCCUGUUGGGUUGCCUUCUUAUCAGUCUGUAACACACCUGGGACCUUCAAAUUCAUCUGCUGCUACUGAAGUUGAUAGUCAUCCAUCUUUUUCUUCGGCAAUGUAUAGGCAGGGACCUAGUGAUAUGUCUAGCAGUAGUUCUCAUUCUCUGCUACAAUCUAAUUCCCUUUAUCCCCCAUCAAUGGCAGCAUCCUUAGCCAUGCAGAAUCUGAUGAAAAAUGCAGAAACUCAGUUACCUACAAAAGGGGGAUGGACAGGUUUUUCAGAGUGUGGUCAACCUGUAUCCUCUGCCAUGACUUCUUCUCUUCAUCUGACUCAUUCACCUUCUCUUACCUCUAAAACAAAUUCCGAUUCUCUUGAUGUUCCAUCCCUUUUGUCUACUAAGAUACCUGUGCCAUAUUCUGCAUCCUUGACUUUUGAUGGAUCAAACAUGCCUCAGUUUUCUUCACCUUUUCAAGACAUAAAUUCGUUUGGAGCUCAAAUAUCUGGAAACAUCUGUCCUGACCCAAGGCCAAUUCAUCCUCAACAUUCUGCCCCUUCAUUUGUAGAUUCUACUUUAGGUCCCUUGCCAAUGGCACCACCCUCUUUGUUAACUCCAGAUCAAUUUGCAAAUCCUAGGGAAAGGUUAUUAUCCAUUAAACAUAAUUUGAACCCUAUUCAGAAGGAUAUGGGUUCUCUGAGUCUAACAACCUCUGGUUCCUCUGCAUUAAUGCCCUUCCCUGCAUCUCAGGCACCACUGCUUCCGCUACCUACUUCAGUGCAAAAGCCUCGAUACACAGCUCCACAAUUCACUGAAGAGUUUGAUUUUGAGGCCAUGAAUGAAAAGUUCAGAAAGGAUGAAGUAUGGGAUUCUCUUGGAAAGGCAACCGCAAAAAUAGAGGGAAUGGAGGAUAUUACUUCUCUCAAUUUGGGUGACACACAAUAUCAUGAGAUGAUAACAAACCAUAAGUCAGCAUACAAAAAAGAUGACUUUUUUGACACAAUUUCUUGUAACUCUUUGACCCGUGGAUCAAGGAAUGGACAAAAUCGUUUCUCUGAGAGAAUGAAACAGGAUACCGAGACAUUUGGCAAUUUCCAGCAGAGGCAUCAUUUUAGUUAUGGUGCUUCUGGACGGGGUGAGAAUUUCAGGGGCUCGUAUAAUUGGGGAGGAAGGGGUUAUGGCUAUAGUGGGAGAGGGCGUGGUCCAAACUUUCCUCUCUAG